GUUGUGUGUGUGUACAUGUACGUGUGUUUCUGUGCAUGUGUAAGGGUCUGUGUACGUGUAUCUGCGUGUGUGUACGUGUUUGUGUGUGUAAGGGUGUCUGUAUGUGCGUGCGCGCAUGUACACGUUCCUGGGUGUGCGGACACGUGUGUUUCUGGGUGUAUGUAAGGGUUUGUGGGUGUGCGUACAUGUACACCUAUGUUUCUGCAUGUAACGUGUUCCUGUGUGGACAUGCGUGUGUGUGUACGCAUAUAUGUGUGUUUCUGGGUGUGUAGACUUGUGUAUGCGCCCGGCAGCCAAAGGGGGGGUGCGCGUGUGUACACUUCGCAGCCGUUGGGUAGGGGUCCGGCGCGUGGGGAAUAGGCUGCGGCUGGAAAGACGGUCCUGCGCACAAAUAACACGCGUUGCACGUUGCGCCCGUAGCUUCGUGUGGGAGGACACCGACCGUGAGGAUGGUCCCCCCGCAAACAAGUCAAAACUACUGGUUCUUAGUGAAAACCGUGCAUUACUUGUCUAUGAAUUCAGUACAGAGGAUGGCAACUCGGACACGACUGCCCUGUACAGCUGUAAGGAAGAUAUGCUUAAAAAGCUCCUUGAAAUUAAAAAUAUUUAUCUUUCUUCAAUAUCAUCUCUGAAGAUAUUAUUGUUUAAAAACAACACAUCGUUACUGCUUGUCAACAACUUUAUUCUUGUGUACCUUGCUUUUCCUGGAGAAAAUUCAGAAUUAGAGGCACGUGACUGCAUUACCCUUAACUUGCCUUCUCAAGCCUUGGAAAGAGUAGCAGAUGUGGACCUAUGUAGAGGCAUUCUGUUUUUAUUAGAUAAUUCUGGCUGGAUAUAUGUAUUUGACACAGUUGAUGGUGCAUUAUUAGCAAACAUUAAUGUUGCACUCUACCAAAGGGAUGCUCAGGAUGAGAAAGCAGAGGAGACCAUUGUAUCAUCUCUCAAGUCAGUAAAGGUGUCACCUGAUCUCAGCACUGCUGUGAUAAUCAAUUCUUCUCAUUAUGCCCUUGCUGUUGAUUUAAAUUUGUACUUCAGACAGUUUCCUGGGCAUCUGCUUUGCAAGAGAUGUUUUGAAAGUCUCCCUGUUAAACAACUGGAGGGAAUUGAUGAAGAUGAGCUUGUUAGCUCUGACUAUAGUAUGCAAUUUAUGAAGUUUCCAUUCCGGACAGACAGGUCAUGGAAGGCACACUUAUUCUCGCUAUAUAACAUGUCAAAGAGACCAGAGUCUCCAAAUUUCGUAUCUAAUGUUAAUGUACCUUGGUACCAGUACUUUCCGCAUCUUGAACAUUAUGGUUCUAAAACAUACCAGGCAUCAGAGGAGACUUUGGCUUCCAUUCCAGAAGACAUUGCCUGUGCCCUUUCCAAAUCAACGCAGAAGGAUUAUGCAAAUAAUGAUCCAGGAAGACAGUGGAAAAAAAUCCAUAUGGAAGAAUUAGAAGAUAUAAUGAAACUUGAAUGUAAAUCUGUGACAGGAUUUAGUGCACUGUUUGCAUUGUCAGAGAGUACCAAAGGUUUGACUGUUGCUCUGUGGGAUUUAGAGAGUCAAGAUGUGACACAUUAUCACCUUGGCAAAGACUGUGUUUAUGUGGAUUGUAGUGGAGAGGAGCAGUUAUGUCUCAUUCUGACAGAGCAUGGUCUCUCCUUGAUUCUGUUUGGUUUAACUCAAGAAGAGUUUUUGAACAGACUGAUAAUCUAUGGCAGUGCUGGAAUUGUAGAUUCCCUUUGUCAUCUCAAUGGGUGGGGAAGAUGUUCGAUUCCCAUCCAUGCAUUAGAGGCUGGUUUGGAGAACCGUCAGCUGGACACAGUGGACUUCUUUUUAAAAAGUAAAGAGAAUAUUUUCAGUCUCUCUACAACCUGCUCUGUGGCUGAGCAGUCUACCAAUACCACAUCACAGUUUUACUUAAGAAGUGUGGAAGAACUCAGGCCUGCCUUGGACUUACUUUGCUCAUCCGUCAGAGAAAAUGAUAUGGAAGCUCAGAGCAAACACUUCUCUGAGCAACUGCUGAAUCUUACCUUGGCUUUCCUUAACAAGCAAAUCCGAGAAAUCUUUAUCCACACAGAAGAACUUGACAACUGCUUGCAGAAGUGCGUGGAUAUUUUAACCAGCUACAUUAUUGAACUGAGAACAUUUAUGAUCAAGUUUCCUCGAAGGCAGACCAAUAACAUAAGUUGUGAUCUUGGUGAAGAUAUGCCCCAAAUAGAACAGAGUCCAGCAUGGGAAAAACUGACUCCUGAGCAAGUAAUUGCUGAGGCCAUUUUAAACAACUUGAUACCAGAGGCUCAGACUUUUUUCCGAGUGCAUCACCAUCCUGCUCAGAGUCUUCAAGAGCUGAUUCGAAUAGGCUUGGAUCUGGUUUAUAGCUGUCUUCUGAAAGGCAAUAUUAAAGAGGCCUCAAAACUUUUAAUGAAUAUGGGUUUUGACGUGAAGGAGCAGUUGCAUAAGAUAUGUCUGCACACUAUUGAUAAAAAUAUACGGGCUUUGCUGGUGGGAGUACUGCAAGAAGAAAACUAUUUUUCUGAAAAAGAAAAGAAAAUGAUAGAUUUUGUUCAUCAGGUUGAAAGCUUUUAUUCAGGAUCCUUCCAGGAAAAUAGAGAGAGGCACUCUCUUUCCAGUUUUAGGAACUGGAGAAAGGAAGAAGAUCUCUCCAGUCACACAGCUGUUCUGAGCACAUUUUUAAAUUCUGACAAGCAUCGGAUUAACAACAAGGAUCACAGGGUUAUGUUAAACUGGGCUCAGUGGUGGGAUCCACUCACUCAAGAGAUGAUACUUCUUCCUAAGAAAUCACCGGAAGACUUCAAGUCCUGUAAUCCUGAAGUUCUUUGGAUGCACGUAACAGCCCAGCAUGAUUGGCUUAGCAUUUGCUCAUGGAUUGAAGAGUCACUUCCACACAACAGGCAGACUUUAUGUCAACAGGCUAACUGGCCUCCUCUGACACCAGAUAUCAUUGACCAGAACACGCUAUGCAGCAGCUACGUAAGGAAUGAAAUAUUAGACAAGCUGGCGAGAAAUGGAAUUUUUGUCCCAUCUGAACAAGAUGAUUUUGAACUCCUCCUCCUAAGAUUGACCCACACUGGAGGAAUAAUGCAAAAUCCACACCCUGUUCCAAAAUACAGUACUGCAAGUGGUUUGGACUUCCAUACCUGUUUCAUCCUUUACUGUUUAGAGCAUAGUCUGCAAUAUCUACUGUACACUUAUUUAGACUAUUACAGUUUAACUCCUUCGAAUUGCCCUAUUUUGGAUAACAAGGAACUGCAUGAAGCUCACCCCUGGUUUGAAUUUCUGGUGCAGUGUCGAGGUGUUGCCAGUAACCCAAGAGAUCCAAAGAUGAUUUUUCAGGCUAGUCUUGCAAAUGCUCAGAUCUUGAUUCCUAGUAAUCAAGCCAGCGUCAGCAGCAUGCUGCUAGAAGGUCGUACACUUUUAGCUCUUGCAACUACAAUGUAUGCACCUGGAGGUAUUGAUCAGGUUCUUCAGAAUGAAGAUGCUGAAAAGCCUCUGAAGAAGGUGGAUCCACAGCUCUUAAAAAUGGCACUGGCUCCUUACCCCAAACUUAGGGCUGCUCUCUUUCCCCAGUACACUUCUCAUGGAAUUCUUCCAUCAGAUAUCUCACUCUAUCAUCUUGUUCAGUCAUUAGCACCAUUUGAUCCCACCAAACUCUUUGGCUGGCAAUCAACAAAUACUCUUGCCAUUGCAGACACCUCAAGUGACUUUCCUCAUUUCUCAUCUCCUGAACUGGUAAACAAGCAUGCUGUAAUGGAACGACUAGACUUUUCCUACUACUUGCACCAUGGACGGCCAUCGUUUGCUUUUGGCACUUUUUUAGUACAGCAGCUAGCAAAGAGCAAAUCCCCAAAGCAGUUGAUUCAGCAAGCAGGAAGUGAAGCCUAUGCUUUAGCCCUUUCCUUCUUUUACGUACCAUCCAUAGGGGCAGCCUGUGUCUGCUUUCUAGAAUUACUUGGGCUUCAUAGCCUAAAACUCCGAGUUGAUAUUAAAGUUGCAAACCUAAUUUUGAGCUUCAAGAGUAAAAACGAAGAGUCUCAGCACAGCGCAAUAAGAGAAUCCUUAGUUGAAAAGUUGACAAAAUUGGCUGAUGGUGAAAGAACAGCAGCAGAAGAAAUGCUGAUUUGUUUGGAAGAAGCUUUUUGGGAUACAAUUGAACAUCAAGGAAUAAAGAAGACAUCCAGUGACUCUAGAAGGCAGUGGUCUCUGGUGAUGCAGUUCUGUAAGCUCCAUAAUAUCAGACUGAGCACAUCUUAUCUAAAGGAAUGUGCUAAAUCCAAUGACUGGCUGCAGUUCAUUAUCCAAGCCCAGAUGUACAGUUACCGGCCAGAUGAGGUCACUUGUAUCCUUCAAGAUUUCACUCCCAUUUUACAAGAUCACUUGAUGCUGGCCUUUGAGAGCUUAGAGCUCUCUCACCCUAGCCUAGGAAGUCAUCACAGUGACAGUACCAGACCAGUCCCAACCGAACAGAGGCAGAGGGGGCAUCCAGGUGAUCUCUUCCAGAUUCUCUUUUGGUGCCAAGAGAAGCCUAACCCCUCACGCUACCUUUUGAUGGAAGGAAUGAAGCACCAUGCCCCAUUCCUGAGUGUGUUAGCAGCGUGUUUUCAGGAUGCCGGUAUUAUUCAGUGUCUCUGUGUUUGGAUCAUUACCUCUGUGGAUAAUGCGACUGCUGCUGAAGCAACAAGCCACGUUCAAGGCUCUGUGGAAAAUCAUGAAUGGGAUCUUCAGGACCUUUCCAGUCUCUGGAAGAUGUUUUUAAGAAAGCGGAAAAGUAAAACUCUUCUGAGUGGUUUCUCUCUCUUUCUAAAGGAUUCCCCACUAUUGCAAAUGCUUGAAAUCUAUGAAUUAUGUAUGGACUGUAAAAAGUACAGUGAAGCUAAAACCAAACUCUGCAACCUCCAGAUGAGUCUUGAAAAACUUAAAACUUCAGAUGAAAAGACGCCUUCAGUUAUACCUCUACCAUGGGUGGAGUCUCAAGCAUCAUUUCUUCUUGAAUUGAUGUUGCAGCAGUGUAGAACACAGUAUGAAUUAGGAAAACUGUUGCAGCUCUUUGCAGGUCCAAAUAAUCUUCUACCUGAUGGCCCAGAUGUGAAGAAAUUGUGUGUCCUUAGUCAGAUCUUGAAGGAUUCGUCCAUAUCUAUUAAUCGCGCCAUCCUAACCAACUACAACACAGAGACUUUUCAGAAUGAAUGCAGAUCAAUUUUAGAGCAGCUGCAAGAGGGAGGGAUGUUCUCACUGGCUAGGAAGGUAGCAGAAUUAGCAGAACUGCCUGUGGACAGCGUGGUUAUUCAAGAGGUACUUCGAGAUAUGCAUCUUCUCAAGCAGACUGGACAGUGGCAUCAAAAACAAACUAGAAUUGACUUCUGGAAAAAGUGUCACAAUAGUUUUACAAAAAAUUCAAUCUCCAACAAAGCUGCGUCUGACUUUUUUUCAGCUCAGGCAAAUGUGGUGUUUGAAUCGUCCGCUGAUAAGAUAAACAACAACAUAGAGAAACAUUUGCUGCUUACUUUGGCUGGCCACUGGUUAGCCCAGGAUGACUCGGUGCCACUGGAGAAGCUGGAAGAAAUAGAGAAGCAGAUCUGGCUUUGUCGCAUUGCACAUCAAACCUUAACUAGAGACAGUGGAUUGGAGAAGUCGAGAUUGUCUUGCCAGGCUUCGAUGGGUAGUGAACUUUCCUUUGAGAACUUAGCCAAAGAGUUUUCCUUCUCUAAGCUAGCUACUCUGAACACACCAAAAUAUUUGCAGCUUGAUGGUCUUGUAUUCAAAGAUACACCUCCACAUGCACUGGAUAGGACUGAGGUGGAGUCACUUAAUUUUCUGAUUGGACAUCUUCUGGAUGAAGGAAGCGUACAUGAAGCCAGCCGCAUUUGCCACUAUUUUCACUUCUAUAACCAGGAUGUUUCUCUGGUAUUGCACUGCAGAGCAUUGGCUACUGGUGAAGCCGACCAAAACAAUUUACACCCAGACAUUCAAGCUCUUCUUAUAGCAGAAGAGAGCUCAGAUGAAUUUGAGGCUCCACAGCCCAGAAGAUUACAAAGUACCUCAAGCUUAGAAAAUUGGUCAUUUGUUGUGGUCCCAUCUCCAGACGAUCAAGUUAUUCUCAAUCUGAAGACUAUAAUAGAUGAAUGCGUUCAUGGGAGAAACUACUGCAGACAAGUCCUCUGCUUGUAUGAACUUUCCAAGGAACUGAAUUGCUCGUACAGUGAACUAUCAGACCAGGAUUCUGAAAAGGUGCUUCGAGCGAUCCUGUCAUCCCAGCAGCCUGACAGAUGCAAGAAGGCCCAGGUGUUCAUCACAACGCAGGGUCUCCCGGCCGAAACUGUGGCAGAACUUGUGGCUGAAGAAAUCACACAAGAAUUACUGGCAUCUUCUGAAGGAAAAGGGCAAAAGCAGCUUCUGAGCCCAGCAGAUGAGAGUCAGGCAUUCCUACAGUUGGCCAAGUUGUGCCAGGAUCGUACAUUGGUUGGCAUGAAAUUGCUGGAUAAAGUUUCAUCUGUGCCACGUGGGGAGCUAUCAUGCACUACAGAGCUGCUGAUUUUGGCCCAUAAUUGCUUUAGUCUGACGUGUCAUAUGGAAGGAAUUACUAGAGUCCUGCAGGCUGCUCGGCUUCUCACGGAUGAACACUUGGCGCCUAAUGAGGAGUACAGCCUUGUGGUCCGGCUCCUCACUGGCAUUGGCAGAUAUAACGAAAUGACGUACAUAUUUGAUCUGCUGCAUGAGAAACAUUAUUUUGAAGUGCUGAUGAGAAAAAAAUUAGACCCGAGUGGAACUCUGAAGACAGCUCUGCUAGACUACAUAAAGCGUUGUCGCCCGGGGGACAGCGAAAAGCACAACAUGAUAGCCCUGUGCUUCAGCAUGUGUCGAGAAAUUGGAGAGAAUCAUGAAGCAGCUGCCUGUAUACAGCUGAAACUCAUUGAAUCUCAGCCUUGGGAAGAGUCUCUCCAAGAUGUGCCAAAUUUAAAGAAACUGUUGAUGAAAGCUCUGACUCUCUUUAUUGAUGCAGCAGAAAGUUAUUCCAAGGAUUCCUGUGUCCGCCAGUCCUUACGCUGCAACAGACUGACAAAAUUGAUAACUCUCCAGCUUCAUUUUCUGAACACUAAUCAGAGCACGAUGCUGAUCAACCUGAACCGACAGCGCCUCAUGGAUUGCAUCAUGUCCUUGCCCAGGUUCUACCAGGCUGCUAUCGUGGCUGAGGCUUAUGACUUUGUUCCAGACUGGGCUGAAGUUCUGUAUCAGCAAGUGAUUAUUAAAGGUGACUUCAAUUAUCUAGAAGAAUUCAAACAACAAAGGUUACUCAAAGCGAAUGUGUUUGAGGAGAUUGCUAAAAAGCUCAAACAGCACCAGCCGACUGAGGCUGCUCUGAAAAACCUGAAGAAAUUACUGACCUACUGCGAAGACAUCUAUCUGUACUACAGAUUGGCAUAUGAUAACAAGUUCUAUGAUGUGGUAAAUAUGCUUCUGAAGGAUGCCCAGACUGGCUGCUGUCUAAAUGACAUGCUGGCAAAUUAGACUCCAUGCUGAGAGAUGAAGAAUCUACCUGGCAGCAGUCCCAUGACUUGUGCUGGUUACAUGAUUUCUUUAACAGACUAAUCAUGUCUGACUAACUUAUCUUUAGCUCACCUGUUUAAUUAAGUUAUGUGGGAUAAGAUUGCAAUUUUGCUACAUGAGGGUUACCAGAAGAAUCUCAGCCUUGUUUUGAAUGUCCCUGAAGCUGUGUUCUCAAAACCUGCUGGGCUUUUAAUUGCCAGUCAGUCCACAAUGACCCGUUUGGCUAACAGAGAUGUAGGGGGUUUGACUUGAGUAGGAACAGCAUCCAAGCCUCACUUGAAAAAAAUUCACAAAUGCUAAGAAGGGUUUGUCCUGUCGUAGAAUUGUUGUUUGGAUGGUAUGCUUGAACUGAGCACACGAUCAAACAUUUAUAACUGCUUUUUAUUUAUGAUCAAAAUGACCUUCCCGGGCCCUGGAAUGCCAUCAAAACUCGCAGUGUUCAUGCUAGUCUCUUGGCUUGCUCCAAAACCUUCAAAGGACAUUCCUCCAUUGCUACACACAAGUGAGUUAACUUCAACCUGAUGUAAGGUCUGCAGCAGUGCUGUACCAUGGCCCACGGCAAGAAUGGACUGUUUAUAGUCCCAAUCAGAUCAGUAUUUACCAGGGGUAAGUGGUUGAUCCUGGGCACUCUAAGUAAUGAAACAAAAGAGAGUUUACUACAUUAAAGUGAAAUUUGUAUUUGUGCAGGCACAGUAUUGAACUCUAAUAAAUUUUCUAUUCCUAGUAUAUAGUUGUCUUGCUCUGUUUUGAAUUGUAAAAUGAAUAAUUUUCAACCUUCUGGCAUAGGCACUAUGCACCUAAACAACUCCUGAAGAUGGUCAAAUGUCUGGUUGUCAUAUCCCAUAGCCCCUGAAUUUUGACAGUACUUGCAAAGUGGAAGAGUUUGACAAAGAAUAAAGAGUCCUCUGUCAGGAGGCCACGAUGGGUAAGAGUUCCUCAGGCAGGCAAAGGAUUUCUACUGAGAUUUCCAACAGUAAAUGUAAUCACUGGUCUCUUGGGUAUAAAGGGAUGCUAUCACCUGCUACUACUGCCCAUAUUUUGCAAAAAAAAAAGACAGUGAAUGUAGAACAGAUGUGAAGCUCCAACAAUUGCUAGGGGACAGCUCCGUGUUCUUGGGGAACCAGGGCAUCUAAAUCUGGACCAAAGCUUUGGUUAAAAAACUGCAAGUAAGCUGUUCUAAAAAUGAUUAAGAGGUGGGACAAUUUUUGUGCUCAAAGAGAAUAGGGUUGUGUAGGGUGUGACUUAGGUUGAAUGCUGCUAUCUACCUUGGAAGACCAGCAUCUAGUGAUAUAUUUGUCUCGAUGCAAACAGAAAAGCUUCCAACCAACCCAGUGUGCAAGUGACAACUUCAGCAGUUGGCCAGCUGGGAGUUCAGCUCAGCAUGCCACCAGACACUGGCAAAGAAGAUACUUCCUUGAAAGUCCUAUAUACAGCGCAGUGGAUGGGAGCUAGAUAUCUGCUACUUCAUUUAAUGCAAUGGGAAGAACCGUGGCUCUAGGAUGUGUAUUACCUACACUGCAACAACAACUCUAUCAAACCAAGAUGCUAAGUCCUGCAGCCCAUGGGUGUAACUAAGUUUGUGAGUACGCCCCGUGGACUUCAGUACAGAUGAACGUAAACAGAGGAGUUAUCCUGUAGUUUGACAUACCGUAGAUUAAAGAAAAACUGCACUGUCAAAAGGAUUGCAAAACACAGCCAGCUGUUUCUGCUACAACUGACAGUGGUGAAGGAGUGUAAUCUUUAGCUGUUUUUCUAACUGAAAUAGGUGGUGAUGGCAGGCUUGUGAACACAGGAUAUUAUUUCACACUUCCUUUACUUCAAGUUUAUCAUCCUCAAACUAAAAGCAAGAUUUUUUUUUUUUUUUUUAAGAGGUCUACUUUUUGCAGCAGAACCCGUACUUGUACCAUGAAUGGUAGAAGUAGUAUAGUAAGAAUUCAGGUUCUUGAGCAUAAUUUUGCAACAAGGUGUUGUUAGCUUCAUCGGUAAGGCCUGGCCAAACUUUAUUUGGCUUUUAUUGUGAAAAUAAAAUUGAAAAAGUGUAAAUUAACAGCCUCAACUGUCAGUCACUUCAUGCAGUUCACUGUGUUGGUCUUAGUUGUAAAACACAAAAUUCAUUCAGUUUUUAGAACCAGCUACUUGCUAAGUACUGUACAGCACUAAAACCAGACAGCCAUUAAAGCUAAUGAACCAAUAAAUUCAAAGAACAAAAAACUAAAAGCAGGAAGAGAAGCCAUCCCUUAUUCAAAACUCGCUCAAGCUUAAAAAGGGACCAGUUUAUUCUAGCUCCACCUACCAUCUUUGUAGUUAGAGAGAAAGCGUCUAACAAGGCCAGUGUGUGGAAUUCGAUAGGCAAUGUCCAUUUGUGGGUCUAAACUUCUAUUUUUAGAGUUGUGAAUGUGCCCAGCCCUCCUCACUUGGUACUGGAUCAUGACAGUCAAAGCAAGGAAUAUUCACCAGCUUCUCUUCUAGCAAUAUUCUAGUUCACUCGACUCAACAUUCAAUGCCACGGGAAGAAUUCUUUUCAUUGCAGAAAUUACUCUGUUAACAUCUUCAGCUUCUCAUCAUGGUCAGAUUUAAUGACCAUAUGAGGCCCCCACGAGCAGGUUACUCAUUAAGAGCAUGCUUCCUCAAAAUCUAGACUGUGGCCGUUCCAUAUCUGGCAGCUACUACAGGUGCUGAGGCUACAAGCACGUAUCAAGCCAAGGCUGCAUCUCACGAUUUUCUUUCUGGAUAACUCCCCUGAAUAAAGUAUAUCAAACACAGGUACAUAUGUCAUAUGAUUACAAAAAAAAUACAUUUAAUAUUGCCACUCACCUCCCCUGUCUACCUGACAGACACCACCUGCAUUGGAAAUUAGCCGUCAUGGACCAUUAAGCAUUUAGAAAUAAAGUGACAGUAUUACGAGUCGCCUAAAUCAAGCAAAUUGGCUCAUCCUCUGAGGACAUUGCACUUGGACCAAUGGAGCUGUGCCCUCCUGCAUGGACUCAGCACUCAAAUAAGUGCUCCUAUAACACAGGCUGUGAAGUCCUCACAAUAGUGAUUUUAUUAAAUUAGUUGCUUUAUAAAACAUUGCAGAUGUCAUAAUUGUUAACAUAACAAUUUGCCCAACUGUAGUAACUGUUGCAGUUUGCUAAGCAGUUUGGUUUUUUUUGUAAAUGAAAGAAAACGGCAGAGUCAUGAAAAGAUCUACACAACCCAUGAGAACAAAGGAAAUCUCUCUCAGACACUUAAACCAGGCAGUUAACUGUUAAAGAACCUGUACAGCUGUAUUAGUAGAAAUAUUCAGAUGAAUGUAAACGAAAUCGCUUAUACUCGAGAUACAAGUCAUUUUUCAAAUGCAAUUAAGGAACUGUUUCCUUGUUCUGUUCUGGAUGUCAAGCUUUGAAAUAACAGUGGGUGAUGUGUUUUCAGGUGCAGUAUCCUUACUCUGAAGUUAGCAGGCCCCUUCACAAACCUAUGAAAAACCUCAAGCUCUUAACUCGAUAGACAAAGCAUUUUUAAUACUAAGUGCACACCACACCCUUGCUGCAAACUGCUUUUGUUCACAAGAUAAAUCAUUCAAGGAGGUACAGUUAAGGCUGCGUUACUGAACUGUGCUGGUAAUAAUACAACUUUUGCUGUGUUGAAAUUCAUUUCCAAUUUAGUGGCUGUUACUAUGAAACCAGAUAGUAACAA